GGGUUUCCACCAUGGCAGGGCUGAACAUCUUGGUAACUUUCUUUGUCACAACAGUAGUACUGAGCCAGCUUCUCCGAUAUGUUUCAAAGAAGCUCCUUCCUUCCAGGCUGUAUCAGUGCACAAUAAGUGAGCUGUCAAGUGCUUUCCAGCUAUGUGCCUGUUUCAUGGAGCUCCGAAUGCUCAUGGAAAUUGGCAUGUGGGGAGGGGGUUUUGGUCCUGAUGUAAUCAUGACACUACUCUUUCUUCUUACUGUGACUCAUGGAUUCACCUUUAGUGGGGCAUCUGCCAAUUCAGCCGUGUCCCUACAGGAGUUUCUUUUGAGAGAUUGUCCUCUCAUAGAUACUCUAUCCAAGAUAUUGUCUCAAUAUUUGGGCAUGGAGGCUGCGAAAGUGGUGACCAGCCAUUACUGGGCAUUAGAAUUGACAGAAUUUCACACAAUUCAAAAUAUGAUGGCACAGGAGUGCAGCUCUGCUCUACAAACCUCCCCUGCGCAAGGUGUAUUUGUUGAAGGUCUGUGUGCUUUCUGCUAUCACCUAGUGAUUCUUCGAUUCCAGCGAAUAAGACCAGUCUACAAGAGUCCUGUAACAGCACUUACUGUAACUCUACUGGUGCAUGCAGCUGGCUCGUACACUGGAGGUUUUUUUAAUCCUACAUUGGCUUUAUCACUGACAUUCCACUGCUCGGGAGCCAGUCUCCAAGAUUAUGCUUUGGUCUAUUGGGUCGGAUCUUUGAUUGGCAUGGUUCUAGCACUCUUCCUACAUGAGGGAAAUAUCCCGUUGCUCUUCCAGAGGAACCUUCUAUACAAUCAGAAAGGAAAAUACAAAACCCCAAAAAGAAAAACACUCCAAGCCACUUCAGCUAAAACAUCUGGUGAUGUCAAGUCACCAUCUAAAAAGAAAACCAGUGAAGCCGGUCAACGGAGACCAAAUAACGAACAGUCAAAAAAAUAGAAGUAGUUAAAUGUCAAUGCUGCCUCUGAUAUGAAGAUGGAGAAGAAGAUCAACACUGUAUUAGUCUGUAAAUUCCAAUUAUCAUUUUACUAAUUCACAACUGCCCUCACUACCAUUGUUACUUCUCUAUUGCCAUUCCCUUACAGUGUCACUAAAAGUAAUACAGUUACACUAGCAGUAAUGCUAAUAUUGAUGCUGUUAAAGGGUAUCGGAUAUUUGCCAGAAUUUUUGAUAUUAUGUUUACUUAU